UGGAGGACCCCAGCGACGGCCGUAGCGUAGGGCCCGGUGGACGCGGCGGCGCCUUUGGCGGUGGCGGCGGGCGUUGUGAGCGACUGCGCUGGUUGUCUUUGGAACGCUUUUCGCUGGCCGCCGUCGCCGCGCUGGCUGACUGUUGUGGAGCCGGCGCCAUGUCUGUGAGCGAGAUCUUCGUGGAGCUGCAGGGCUUUUUGGCUGCCGAGCAGGACAUCCGAGAGGAAAUCCGAAAAGUUGUCCAGAGUUUAGAACAAACAGCUCGAGAGAUUUUAACUCUACUGCAAGGGGUCCAUCAGGGUGCUGGGUUUCAGGACAUUCCAAAGAGGUGUUUGAAAGCUCGAGAACAUUUUGGUACAGUAAAAACACAUCUAACAUCUUUGAAGACCAAGUUCCCUGCUGAACAGUAUUACAGGUUUCACGAGCACUGGAGGUUCGUGUUGCAGCGCUUGGUCUUCUUGGCAGCGUUUGUUGUGUACUUGGAGUCAGAAACGCUAGUGACUCGAGAAGCGGUGACAGAAAUUCUUGGCAGUAAGUGUCUUGUUGAGCCAGAUCGAGAGAAAGGAUUUCAUCUGGAUGUAGAAGAUUAUCUCUCAGGAGUUCUCAUUCUUGCUAGUGAACUGUCAAGGCUGUCAGUCAACAGUGUGACUGCUGGAGACUACUCCCGGCCCCUUCACAUCUCCACCUUCAUCAAUGAGCUGGAUUCCGGUUUCCGCCUUCUCAACCUGAAAAAUGACUCCCUGAGGAAGCGCUACGACGGCUUGAAGUAUGACGUGAAGAAAGUAGAGGAGGUGGUCUACGAUCUCUCCAUCCGGGGCUUCAAUAAGGAGACGGCAGCGGCUUGUGUAGAGAAAUAGGAGGCUCUCCCGGCGCUGGCCCUGCUGAGCUCGGUGGUCGCCAGUGCCUCUCACGGUAGUUAGGACGCCCCCGUUGCUAAACACCGCGCGCUUUAUUUUCUUAACCAGUUGUGUGGUGUAAGUAUCAGAAUUGAAACACUUUUUGGGGGGGAUAAAAGAAUAGCCUUUACAAAGACAGAUUUUGCUUUGUUAUUUCAGUGAAUUUGCUCUGUAUUCAGUGUAUUUUAGUUCUGUCAGACAGUGUAAAUGUCACUCUCUUUGUGUAAAGUCCUUUUCUUGCUUACCCAAAUGCUGUUGACUGCGGAGUUUAUUGUCUUGUUUGUGAUUCUUCCAGAAGUGAUCCUUGAUGUUUUCUAUAUCCAAAUUAGCCAUCCAUACCCAGGUAUAGCCUGGAUACAGUAUAAAAAUAGAUAAUUAAAAAGGAUGGUUGCCAUGCAAAGGACAAUUUAUUUCAUAUUUUCCUUUCUUCUUUUAAGCCUUGUGAGUAAAUCACAUGUUGAAAUUUUUUGCAAGGGAGUUAAAGCCCCAGAGUUCUCUCUCACUGCCAUCAAAAUAGAAAAGAUUAAAUUGUAAAGUCAAGUUCCACAGAUUAUUUUGAGAAGUUUUUGUAUAAGGGAUUGAGUAACAUCUUAUCGUUUGGCUCUAUUUACCAGGUGGGGAGUAGGGCUUAGUGUUUUAAACACGUCUGUUUUCUGAUGUUGCCUUAACAUUCUGCUCUUGUAGCAAUUACAAAUUGUUUUCACACACAUCUUCAACUAACACUGCAUAUGCUAGAUUUCUAAGCUCCGAAACCUUUUUUCUAGCAGCCAGCUCGACUGUUCGGUCUGGGAGAGUAAAGCCACCCAGUCACGUUAAUUAGCAAUACCCUGACUGGCAUGUUCUGAGAGAAAAGUGCUGUGCUUUGUCUGGAAGAAAGAGAAAACCUUGGGUUAAAAAAAAUAAAAAAUCAGCUGAUUUGGUCAUGUUUUUUAGAGUAAGCAGUUUCGGUUGUCGAUGGCUAUCCCAGCAGUCAGGUUUUAGACUUGCAGUUUUGAGCAAGUCACUUAAAUCUUGUUGGCACCCUCCUCCUCCUCCUCCCCAUUUUCAGGUAGUACUAAGAAUACUUGCCAUGUAACUUUUGCUGUUGAAUUGAAAGUAUUAAAAUGGUGACUUAAUCCACGGCUUUUUUGGAGCUCACUGCAAGGAGGGUGCAAGUGUUUCUAGAAUAAUAGGAAGUAUUUAGACGUAUUCCCCUCUCAUGCCUAAUACUAGUUUGGGCUUCCUAUUGGUAUAGUAGGACAUUUGGCAUUGCCAUCGGAGCUGUUAGCAGGCUGAAUUAAGGACUGACCAAAUUUUCCAUCAUGAGGAAAGUAGAAAUGAGGCAUAAAUUGCUAUGCAUUGUUGGAUUUUAGAACAAUUUUCUUGAUAGCUCUUUCUGCAGAAGAGUUUGUAGAAAGAAAAAGUGUUAGGAUCUUUAAAGUGCCUAGGAUGGUCGUCUAAAAUGUGUACAAAUAACACUGCCUGGAUUGAGCAUAAAAGGCUUUUAAUUACAUCAUCAGACAUGCAGUAAGUUUGAGAAUAGUUUUCUUUGUAUGGAUUCUGCUUGAGAAUAUUAAAGUUCUUGGCAGAAGUUGUGGAUUUCAGUUUUAACAAAUGCAUUUUAAGUGGAGAAGCACAUUCUGGUCUUAAACUCCAUUUGAGAAUUUAGAAGUGUCAUGUUUAUAAUUAUUCAGUUGUGUUUGUUGCUGGCUUGUUGUAAAGCAAUAAAAAAAUUUUCUUUUGUUU